UUCUCACAAGUCUAUAAAAACUAAGCAGAUAGGAAAAACCUAUCAGAAAGCGUAUCAAAGCAGGAGGCAGAUAAAGUUCCUUCAGCUCCCCAUUGCCCUCCAUCUGAAGAGGCUCUGUGUUAGCCACAUUUGUCAUGAAAAUUAAAGACAGAUGCAGAGGAGAUGGAAAUUCAAGUGAUAUGAGCACCUUCAGUAUUUCAGACAAGACUGGGUUUGCCUCAGCUGCUACUACAACCUUUCAGAUAAGUGAGCCUCAAAUCCGGAGAAAGCCAUCCACAUGCUGUGCUCGGACUACCCUUGUCAUCUACCUGCUGCUGCUGACAGUUGGCCAAGUGCUGUUGGCGUACAAAGUGUUUAAGAUGAAGGAGGAGAUACUGAAAUGUCAGGAAAAUAAUGCCUUCCAUGCCGAAGAGAUGAUAGGAAGAUCCUAUGCUGACAACCUUCUUUUGGAGAAAAACUUCACAGAGAGGGGCAUGGGACGUGAAGAAAACUGGAGGAGACGUUUAGAAAAGGAAAUCACCGUAAUUAAAAGCAGCAAUGCAAACUUGAUGAUGAUGAUGAGCAACAUCACCCUGCUUGCAGGGCGUCCUGGAUGCAAAGGAGAACCUGGUCCACCAGGGCUACGGGGACCACCGGGACCACUGGGGAUAAAGGGAGACCGAGGAAUUCCAGGCUUACAGGGCAGUAAAGGAGAUCGUGGUCCCACUGGUCCAAGAGGUGAACAAGGAGAAAAAGGAAUAAAAGGACAAGCAGGAAUUCCAGGUCAUGUAGGGCAGAAAGGUGAAAUGGGCCAGAAGGGCGAUCCAGGGAACCGCGGACCUGUGGGUCCUCCAGGAAACCAGGGAGUGCCAGGACAGCCAGGCUUCAAUGGUAGUGUGGGAGAGCCCGGACGUCCUGGGCAGAAAGGAGAAGCAGGCCCAGCUGGAGAACGUGGCCUCCCAGGACCUCCUGGCCCCAGCAGUCCUGGGGUGAAGGGGGAGAAAGGGGACCUCGGGCCCAAGGGCUCUCAAGGAAUGCCAGGCAGUAUGGGACCCAAAGGUGAAAAGGGAGACAAAGGAGUUCCAGGUACUGUAGGGCCAAAAGGAACAAAGGGAGACCAGGGCCCACAAGGCAUCCAAGGUCCAACUGGUCAAAAAGGAAGCAAGGGUGAUUAUGGCAGUAAAGGUCUAAAAGGUGAACCAGGUGUAAAAGGAGCCAAAGGAGACCAAGGAAACCCAGGUUACUACAACAACAUACGAAUUGCAGGAGGGGGCAGGAGGGGUCGCGUGGAAAUCUUUCACCAAGGCUCCUGGGGAACGAUAUGUGAUGAUGGCUGGGACAUCCAGGAUGCCUCUGUAGUCUGCAGAAUGAUGGGGUACAGCCGUGCCAUCUCUGCCUUCACUGCAAAUGGAGGCACUGGGCAAAUUUGGCUUGAUGACGUGAACUGCAGAGGGAGUGAACAUUCUAUUUACCAGUGUAACAAAUCUGACUGGGGCACGCACAACUGCUCCCACAAUGAGGACUCUGGGGUGGAGUGUAUCUAAUGGGACAUAGGGCUGACCCAGGAACCUCUACCCCCUCGUGUGCUCUGCAGAACCCCUGUUCAUUGCAUCCAUCCAGCUUCUUCACACAGGGGGAACUCCACUUUCCAUAAAUCAGCAACAAUAGCAAGACACAAAUAAUGUGAGGCAUCCCAGCUGUCAGAAAUCAGCAGGAGCUCAGACGUGAUCAACUGCAUGGCUUUGCCACCUGCCUGGCAGUAGCCCACCUGCAGCAGCUGUAGAGUUUCUCUGCUUUAGCUCAGUGCAAUAGGAGGGAACAAGAGAAGCCUGCAGAAUGAGCUGCAGCUUAGCUGGCCAGCCUUUAACACAGUGCUGCUGUCAAUCUGGCCUAAAGCCCAUUGUAAAGACCAUGUACUCAAGACAGAAAUCAUUAAAUGAUCUUUUUUGGUACGCAAACACAAAGUUCUUCAGAUGAGAUGAUGAUCACAGGUCAAAAUGCAACCAUACCAGCAUGGAAUCCAGUUUUAGCAUAGAUCUUGUGUUUGACCUUGGUGAAGUCUCCUGCCUUCUCUGACAAUGUUUCCUAACUUGUUUCCCAGAAACAAAACCCUCACCUUGGAAAUGAGAUCCACUAAAACAAAGAGAUAAUGAGUGAAAGCAAUAAGGAUGAAGUAUCAACUAAUUAUCCUUUCACAGUGAAACUAUGGUCCCUAAACCAAAGGCUUCUGACUUAAAUGAAAGUCUUAUGUGUCUGAGAUAAUAAGUGAAAGACUUCUCUUUCUUAAAGCCUGAAGUCUUCCCCUUUUUAACAGCACUGGGCAUUUGGCAGGUGACAAGGAGCCUGUACAUAAACAGCUGUGCACGUUGCAGCAACCCGCUUGCUAACAAUGUAUUUAACAUGUCAGAAAUGGCUGUAAGCAACCCUACAUCUCUGCAUCAGCGUUAGCCACAACUGCACUUAUCUACACAGCUUCUAGAAUCAAUUUUGGUGCUCACAAACCCAGAUCUAAGUGGAAAAGCUGAGUGGUGCUGGUAAGAACAGCAGGUGAGGAUAUGUAAAUAAAGUACUGUCACUGCUAUGGAAUAAAACAUUUACAAGCUGUA